UCCUCUCUCCAAAAAUCUUCCUCCGACCUUAUAGCAUGCGUCUAGCUCCCUGCGAAGCUGGGAACUCGGUACACUGACUCAGCGACUCGGUGAGUCGUUUCAUGCUCUAGAAACCAUGAAUCCCAGAGCGCUUCUUUACUCCUUCUCUCCGAAACCCAACAUCGUCCUGCCCGAUAUUUCGGCCACCAAGAGAAGUUUCGGCGCCGAUCACCCGAGACACCAACCGCCGUUUCGGUUACGCGUGUGGAUUCGGAACCGUGAGCAGUACUGCUGUUUCGCACGCGUUUCGCGCGGCGGCGGUGGUAACCGGAGGAGCGGGAAAGUGUUUGCGGAUGUUAAAUCGGUGGAUAAGUUCGAGAAGGGGUUGGACGAUGUCGUUUCGAGGAAGGAAGAUUUGGAGGUGGAGUCCGCGGCGGAGGUUUCGUGGUUACAAGAUUUUCCGAAACGAUGGGUCAUUGUCGUUUUGUGCUUUUCGGCUUUCCUUCUCUGCAACAUGGACAGAGUAAAUAUGAGCAUUGCAAUUCUACCCAUGUCAGCAGAGUACAAUUGGAACCCAGCAACAGUUGGUUUGAUACAGUCUUCUUUCUUCUGGGGAUACCUCCUAACUCAGAUUGCUGGUGGAAUAUGGGCAGACACAGUAGGUGGGAAGCAAGUAUUGGCAUUUGGAGUCAUUUGGUGGUCCAUUGCUACUAUUCUCACUCCUGUUGCCGCUAAAGUUGGAUUGCCUUUCCUACUCGUUGUUCGUGCAUUCAUGGGGAUUGGUGAGGGUGUUGCUAUGCCUGCAAUGAAUAAUAUACUGUCGAAAUGGAUUCCUGUAGCAGAGAGAAGUAGAUCUUUGGCUCUGGUUUACAGUGGAAUGUAUCUUGGAUCAGUCACCGGCUUGGCCUUUUCACCAUUUCUAAUACAUCAGUUUGGAUGGCCAUCAGUCUUUUACUCCUUUGGUUCUCUGGGGACGGUCUGGUUCGCUCUAUGGCUAAGUAAGGCACACAGUUCACCUCUCGAGGAUCCUGAGCUGCGACCAGCAGAGAAGAAACUUAUUCUUGCAAGUAGUAUUUCCAAGGAACCUGUUAAACAGAUUCCUUGGAAAUUGAUUUUGUCCAAAGCACCUGUUUGGGCCCUGAUAGUGUCUCACUUCUGCCACAAUUGGGGAACAUUUAUUCUUCUCACAUGGAUGCCAACUUACUAUAACCAAGUACUGAAGUUCAAUCUUACCGAAUCAGGGCUAUUCUGCGUCCUGCCCUGGCUAACAAUGGCAUUUUCUGCAAAUCUUGGAGGGUGGAUUGCAGACACUCUUGUCAGCAAGGGCUUCUCUGUGACAAGGGUUCGGAAGAUUAUGCAAACAAUUGGGUUUCUAGGCCCUGCUUUCUUCCUAACACAGUUGAGCCAUAUUAAUUCUCCUGCAAUGGCUGUUCUAUGCAUGGCAUGCAGUCAGGGAACUGAUGCAUUCUCGCAAUCUGGUCUAUAUUCAAACCAUCAAGAUAUCGCUCCACGAUAUUCUGGGGUAUUGCUUGGUAUGUCAAACACAGCCGGAGUGCUGGCAGGUGUCUUUGGAACGGCAUCCACUGGUUACAUUUUACAACACGGUUCUUGGGAUGAUGUAUUCAAGGUUUCGGUAGGCCUUUACCUGGUCGGAACUGUUGUUUGGAAUCUGUUCUCAACUGGCGAAAAGAUCAUAGAUUAGUUCACAGAUAACUUGAUUCUUAAUCAUCGCUGGCACUUCAUUCCUGAGCUUUUAUAGUUCAGAGUUAUAUUGGAGGAGAGAGGUAGCAAAAAUGCCAAGAAAUUGAAGUUGGAAGGAAAGCAGUAUCAUUUUAUUGAUAGUCUUGGACUUGCAGAAGAACUGUUACAAAGAUUUUGACGUCGAACUGGAAGCUUGAAAUCGAAAGAGUGAGGUGCUAGCUAGUUCUUCCCUGCAACAUUUGAAGUUUCAUAAACCGGCUGCAUUUCAUACAAAAUUUUCAUGAAUACUGAAUAUAUGGUAAAAUUAAAUGAACCCCCAACACAGCCAUUUUCUGUAAAUGUUGUAUAUUGUAAUUUGUAUGUACAUGCAUUUCCCAUUAAUAUACCCUUUUUUAACUACUA